AUGGACUUAGAAACAAAAACACUUUCAUUGAAUAAAUUUUGUUAUAAGUCAUUGACACAAUCUCCUGAAAUGUUUUAUCUUUAUACUGGCUUAAACAAAGGAAGAUUGGGGGUCAAUAUUGUAAAACAUAAAAUUAAGCCAGCAACAAAAUUGUUGACACAAAAAGAUCAUGUCCUUGUAGUCCUCAUGAAAUUAAAACUUGCACUUCUUAUUAGGGACAUUGCAUAUAGAUUUAAAGUUCAGUUGUUACCACUACUAGCAAAGUCAUUAUUGUUUACACUGAUAUGGCCUGAAAAACAAGCUUUAAGAAAAAAAUUGCCAAAAUGUUUUAGAUGUUUUUUAUCUAGAGGAUGGGGUGGAAGAGUAUCAGAUAAAGAAAUAACGAUCAAAAGUGGCUUUCUAGACUUAGUAGAGUAUGGUGAUAUGGUUUUGGCAGAUGAAUUAGCCACAAGGGGAGCAUUUUUGAAGAUACUUGAAUUUACUAGGGGAAAAGACCAAAUGUCUGCUGCAGAUGUUGAUCGAUCGAGGCAAAUUGCAAAUGUUCGAAUACAUAUUGAGAGAGUGAUUGGACGAUUAAGAAAAUUCAUGAUUCUGAACACCACUAUUCCGAUAACCCAAGUCGACCUAUUGGAUAAAGUAAUGAUGGUUGUUUGUGCACUAGUCAACAUAAGCAAAGGCAUUGUAUAA